AUGAGUUUACCAUUAGUAUUAGGUAAAUGCAGGCAUAGCAACAACUGCACCUGCCAAAGAUUUAGAGCCAAACCUGAUGACGAACUAAUCUGUCUCUAUUGUUCACAUUAUGAUGGGUAUCACGAAACAAAUUCAGUCGGCACAUCCCAAAUUAGUAAUAAAAAAUAUAAGUCUGUUUACAAUGUAGUAGGAAAUGUUCAAAAUAUUUCAAGUACUAAUCAAAAUGGCAGACCAUCGUCAGACUCCUUGAAGGUUAAUACAAUUGUCUUGUUACCAAAAAUGGAUGCCCAAGUUAUACCUAAAGAAAAAAGCACAACGUGGAGCCAUCUUCAAGAACAUAAUUUAAUUAAAUCCGAUGUAAUAUUAACCGGGGAUGAAUUAUCAUUAACAAGUCAAAUUUAUGAAUUUUUUCCUAUACUAAAUCAAAGACCAUUUAACAUUUUGAAAACGAAUAAUGGAAAAUUAAAUAUUGUAGAAACUAAUGAAAAAUCUAUUAAACUAUUCAGGGAAAAUAUGAGUAAAAACAAACGUAGAAUUUAUUUAGCUCCGAAACAAUUUAAUAUAAUUAUUGAUUCUGAUGAUAAUCCAAAUACAAACGACAUUAAUAAUGAUCCAAUUAAUAAUAAUGUUGAUAACAUUGAUGAUAAUGUCCAAGAAGUUAAUUACAACAAUAUUUAUUUAAUAGAUAACCAGUCAGGAAAUCUAGACAUUCAAAAUAAUGACAUCAAUGAAUUUUUAGGUUCAUUUGUUUUGCCUUCUACUAAUGUUACUGAAUUCCUCAAUGAAAAAAAAAGUGAAACACAAAAUCAUGAUUAUAAAUCAAUAAGGAUUUCUGACAGAAGGAAUUUAUUUGAAGAAUUUAAAAGAGAAAUAAAAUGUUAUACUGAAUUGGAUUUCAUUAUAAAGCCAACUAUAUAUUUCAUAAAUGAACCUGGAGUUGAUACGGGUGGAAUAUUCAUUGACACUUUGCAAAAAUUAUUUGAAAUAUUCAGUGACUUAAAAGACCCCAUUUUUGGUGGCAACAAUAGACUAUUCCAAGGUGAAUACACCAAAACAUUAAGUAGUACAAUUCCAGUUGAUUUUGCCGAUGAUUUAAAAAUUUUUGCAAAGACAUUAUUCUUAACAAUAUUGCACAAUGGGCCAUUUCCAACAUGGUUAGAUACGUCCGUUAUAAAAUUUGCACUUGGAUACGAAGAUGAAAUCAAUUUUGAAGACCUUUCGAGAGUAAAUAUUCAUAUAUACAAUUUGGUGGAACAACUAAACUCAUCUACACCAGGAUAUGAUCUUUUAACUAUUCCUGAAUUUAAAAUCUGGGCUGAGCAUAAAAAUCUUACAGUAAAACAAUGUGAGAUUUUUUCGAAUAGUCAAGAAUCAUUAAAUAAAUUAUCUAGGUCUUUAUGUGAGGAUAUUCUUGUGCAAUCAUGCCUUUGUCAGUUAAACAUCCUAAAAAACCAAAUGAAUCAAUUGGGCUUCGUUAAAUAUUUACAUGAAAAUAAUGUAGACUACAAGACAAUUGAAGAUCACCUAUAUAAUCAAACAGUUUUACCAAAUGACAUCAUCGAAAAGUUAAUAUUUUCAUCUCAAUUGACACUCCAACAAAAUAAUGUUAAAAAUUGGUUAAUUGAAUGGCUUGAAAGUCAAAAUUGUAAUAACAUCAGACAAUUUAGUAAACUUUGUACUGGGACAUAUAAUCCUCGAACUUCAAUAACAGUCUACUUCACAAACUAUGAAACAGAAGACGACUUAGUACCAAAAUUCAAAGUGUGUUCUACAUCACUUUAUCUUACAGCUGAAUAUCAUUCUAAAGAAUUUUUUUUUUCCAUAAUUGAUAAUAUAAUGAACUUAAAAAUAGAAG